AUGGAGCCGCAAGUGGAUAGGUUGGUGAAAAAAGCAUGGGAAAAGUUUCUAUCCACGUCAGAGACAUCUCGCUUGAUGAUUGCCAUCAGCGGGAUUCCAGGAUCUGGAAAGUCGUCAUUUUCACUCGUCGUAGCACAACGGAUCAAUAAGCUCUAUGCCGAGCAGUUCCCGGGGUCACCCCCAAUCGCUACAUUUGUGCCCAUGGAUGGAUAUCAUCUGACACGAGCCGAGCUUGCAGCCAUGCCAGACCCUGCUCUUGCAGUCGCGAGGAGGGGCGCCGCAUUCACAUUCAACCCAGAAAAGUUCCUGCAACUGGUGAAGCAGCUACGAGAACCAUUAAGUGCUACGACACCUACCAUAUUCGCCCCGAGUUUUGACCAUGCAGUCAAAGAUCCUGUUGAAGACGAUAUUCCCAUCCUCCCCACAGCCCGUGUCUUGUUUUUUGAGGGAAAUUAUCUGAGUCUGAACAAGGCGCCCUGGGAUGCCGCAGCAGCAUUGAUGGAUGAGCUUUGGUUCGUUGAGGUGGAUUUUGAGACGGCAAGGAAGCGCUUGAUUAAACGACAUGUUGAGGCCGGCAUUGCUACGGAUGCCGAGGAAGCAGAUAAGCGGGCAAAAGAGAAUGAUCUCGUUAAUGGCCAAGAGAUCGUGGACUUUCGAUUGCCGGUACACGAGGUCAUAGUUAGCACUUAUGAUCAAGAGUUCUCGGCGGGACAACUUUGA